CCUGGCCCCUCCUUCAAACCCCGCCCCCGCCCCCUGAGGGCGGAGCCGGGAAACCGGCAACACCUCCCCGCCAGGCUCUCUGGCACGGCGCGGCGCCGCUACUGCCACCGCCACUGCGGGAGUGGGGGUUCUGGGGACCCGCCCCCUAUACGGACAGCCCACCUCCCUCCUCCCCUUCCCUCCGCGAGCCUCCUUCGGGUGUCGCCGCUGGGUCUCCUCACCGCGGGGAACCCCGCCCCCAGCCCUGGAGCCCUCAGGGUCGCUCCGCGCCGCCGCAGGUACCCGGGCCACCAAUGGAAACUUCACACACCCGCUACCCCUCUUACCCCUUCUACCCCUCCCCGGGCUUCUGCCCUCUCCAGCUCCCCUCCCUCCUCCACUACCCCCACCCUCCUCGGGAUGGAACGGUCCGUUUUGCUGCAGUGGUCUCAGCUUCUUCCCCCCAUGCUCUUGGUAUCUACCUAUGAUGAGGCGGGGGGGGGGGGGGGGGGGGGAGGAGAAGGGGAGGUAAAGGGGAAGGAAAGGAGGAAUACGGUGAGAGUGAAAGUGAGGGAGUGGGAGGGACUAUGUUUGGGUGAGUGGGGUUUUUUUUUUUUGUUGUUGUUGGCUUUUUUUUUUUUUUUGGAGGGGAGAGCUGAGGUGGAGAGAAAGCGGAUGAAGGGCCGAGGUACCGGGCAGGGCUGACAAGGUCUGGCCGCGUCUCUCAGCUCUGGCUCUUCAGUUCGGCCGGUCCUUCCGCAACCCCUCCUCCUUGGCCAGGCAGGAGCUGGCGUUGCCUUAGGAGGGGAGAGCGAGCCCGAACCCCUUUUUUAUCACUACUCCCCCUUUUUCUUCCCUGUCGCCCGCGGGUGGUACGGUCCGGUAGGUUUAAGCUCCCCUGGUAUCAGCCUAAACCAUUUGCGGGGGGGGGGGGCAGGAGGUUGCGGUGAGGGGGUAAUAGGGACGCCUUCGAAAGGGGAAGAGGUAAUCUAAAAGGAGAGUUUGGGAGGGUUAAUGCUGUCGAGAAUUGGGUGGGGGGGCGAGGCUACUGCAUUUUCUACCAUUUCUUUGGAAGGGGACUCCAAACUCUUUCCACUGUCCCCAUCCACCCCAAAUUUCCAUCCCCAUUCCCCUUAUGUGUCCUCCCUAGAAAUUGACCAUGCAGAGAUCUCUGAACUGAACCUUGCCCCUCAUCCCACUGCCCUUUUUACCCAGCCUGUGGCCUUCCAAUUCAGCCCCCGUCCCCAAGCCUAGUUCCAGGGGGACCAAACUCCCCCAGUGGCAAGGCCUCUUGGGAUCUGGGAGUUUGAAAGAAGGCCCAAGCUGUCGCCUCGAUAACAAAUCUAAAUCUGGUCAGGCCACGCCUGCUCCCCUGCAUCUUCGGGGUUUGAGGCCAAGCGCAGUUGGCAGGCACCGAUGCCGCUGUAUCUGAGGAGCUGGAGAAGCUGGGGUGGGCAAGGAGAGGAGGAGGCAAGCUACCCUGUGUGUGACCUGCCCGUUUCUCACCCAUAGGCAUUAUGUCUUGUCUGCUUUGCUGAAUUCAGGGACCCUGUCAUUGGAGGAGCUGCCACUCUUCCUGCCUCUCUCCAGCCCUUAGAACCAGUUGCCUGUCAUCCUUGCUGGGUAGGGGAAAAGGGAAGAAUAAUUGGGAUUAUUUAAAUGAACCAGGUCUCAGAUAUUAAGAGCCACAGUAACUCAACAAAGUGCCUACUAUGUGCUAGGUACUAUGCCUACUCUCAAGGAGUUCACCAAUCUAAGGGGCAGGAGGCACCCAAACAUUUGUAUACAAAUAGAAUAUAUUCAAGAUAAAUUGGAGCUGUGUCAGAGGGAAGACCUAAGGUUAAGGAAGACUGAGAGAGGUUUCUUUCUUGGAGAAGAUGGGAUUUUAGCUGAGACUUGAAGGAAACAGAAAAACUAAUGCUGGAAAUAGGAGAGGUAGAAUGGAGGAUAGACCAAGAAAAUGUUUGGGGUCGAGGUAAGGAGAGGUGAAAUUGUCUUAUUUGAGAAAUAGCAAGGAUGCCACUGUUACUGCGUCAGAGGUUUGGAGUGAAGAGUAAGGUGUGAGAAGACAAAAAAGGUAGGAAGAGAGCAGGUUAUAAAGGGCUUUAAAAGCCAAAGAGAAGAUCUCUGUUUGAUCUUGAGAGUAAGGGAACUUCUGGAGUUGAAUGAAGUGGGGGCGGGCAGUUUUCUUAGUCCAUAGUUAAUCAAUUUCUUGGCCCCAUAUGCCUUAUGUUCAGAAAAGAAAAAGGAUGAAAAGAAGGAUAAUAGCUGAAAUUUUUAUAUCUUUAAAAUUUAUAUGCACAAAAUGAGAGCUGCAUCUCAAAUCUGUUUUUCUGCUCAUUGUAAAAUUUCCUCUAGAACAGUAAUGUUUAAAAUAUAGGCACAGAAAUGACUGAAAGUGGUACCUUACAUGCUAAAGGUUAGGCUUGCUGUUGGAAUACAACUGAAACAUACCCUGGAAAUAUCAGAAAGAAUUCCCCUAGAGAACUGGAGAGAACCAAUGUGAUGGGGAGAUACCAAGCUCUAUAAAGGGAAACAAUAGAACUUGUCCAAUUUAUAGUUGAUUCCAAAAUAAGCCUUCUGCUGUGAUGGAAGGGAAAGGAUGAAGAAGCCUAUUUAUAAUAAGGAUAGGCUAGAUCUAGGAUGAGAAGAAACUUCAAGAUCAUGCAGAGCAACCCCCUUUUUUUCUAGAGAAAACUGAGGCUCAGGGAGGUUGUGAUUUGCCCAGGGUCAUACAAAUAAUAAGUAGCAGAGCUCAGGAUUUUGACUCCAAAUUCAGUUUAUCUCUCCAGUAGCAAAAGUUUAGUUUUACUGGAUUGUAGAGAAAUAGUGAGAGUAGAGUAAACUAAGCCUGAGACUAAGGCAUAGGUGGAAAUGACUAAAAAUGAUGAGGUUAUUAUUACAUCAGGGAACUCUAAGGCAUUAUUAACCAUGGAAAUUUUAUAUAUGAUGAUUUUUUUGGUUGUUAAAAGAGCUGGAGAAUCAACAGUAUUCUAACAUAGAAAAAAAUGGAGUAUCAUAAGAAGUGGGAAGGCGUUUGAAAGUUAAAAGGCAGUAAAUUUAGUUAAAACUCAUUUUGAGACUUUAUGUAUAUCAAAGAGCACAAGUUCUUUACUUACUCUUGCUGACAUUUUAAGAAAAAUCUUAAAAUAGCUACAAGAAGUACAAUCAUCUAAAUUAUUUAGGGGCUACUUAUCCAUAGCAAGGCGCUUCUCCUUCCUGCUGUCUUUACUUGGACUGGCUCAUUGGCUUAGUUAGACAUGCUCCAGAUGGUAGCAAUGUAAAAAGGAAGGAGGUGAAAUCAAGCCAGUUCACAAGGGAAAGAUAUGUGGUGCAUUGUGUUCAUUAUUAGCAAAUCCCAUUAGAUUGGGGGGGGGGGAGUGGGUCUUAUCCUUUUUGUUGUAUUUUUUUGUUGUUGUUCCUGGGCCUCUUUGGCAAUCUAGUGAAGUCUAUGUACUCCUCAGAAUAAUGUUUUUAAAUGGUUAAAAAAUGAAUAAGAUGGAGAACAGUAGACAGAGCACCAGCCCUGGAAUCAGGAAGAUCGGAGUUCAAAUAUGACCUCAGACAUUUGAAACUCCAAAAAGGAAAAAAAAUGCAUAAGAUCACAAAAAAAGCCAAUUGGUCAAAAUAUAGUUAACAAAAAUAAUUUCUAUGAAUGCAUAGUUAAGAACUCUUGCUUAAAUAAAUGUUUGAUUUAGAGUCUUACUUACUAGUAAAAAGUUGAAACUUAGUAAUUUAAAUGAAGUUUGAUGAAUAUAACAUUUCAUUUAUGUCCUCCUUCCCUAUAACUAAUAAUAUUUGAAAUGAAACUAGUUACCCAUGAAGCAUUGAAAGCUUUGCAUAGUGGGAUUAUGAUUGCCUUAAGAAAUGACUGGCAGCAAGCAGUCUGAUUUUAGUAGUCUGUGAUAAAGUUACUAUCUCAUGAUUUCUCACUCUAAUUUGAUACUAGCAUGGAACUAAGAUUCUAGACCUGUCUUAUUUUAGUGUAGUGACUUCUAAAGAGCUUUACUGUACAAGUAAAUUAUAGAUGUUGCCAUCCUGAAAGAUUGUGCUUUCUUUUAGGAAAACUUUGGUGUAGUCUUUAGGUACAGUAGUGAAAAGAACUUGCUUUUUUUUUUAAUUUUUAUUUAAUAAUUACUUUAUAUUGACAGAAUCCAUGCCAGGGUAAUUUUUUUUACAACAUUAUCCCUUGCACUCGUUUCUGUUCUGAUUUUUUUCCCCUCCCUCCCUCCACCCCCUCCCCUAGAUGGCAAGCAGUCAAAAGAACUUGCUAUAAUCAAUUAGUAUGGAAACUUCUUUUCUCAGAUUAUCCCAACCCUCCUCCCUCACCUACCUGUUGGGCCUCCCUGAAUUCUUCUUGGAAUAUCUUCAUGAACCCCCUCAGUUUUUAUACUUCAUUUAUCUCCUGUAUUUGUAUCACCCUCUUCUGAAUCUUUUCAAAAGAUUAUAAAAAGUCCAGCUCUGUCCUAAAUUCAGGAGAAAAAUCUUCAAAGCAUUCCUAUUCUAUGUCUGGGCUCUUAUAACUAUAAGAAUAAAACAAUGCCUUGAUCAAAGCAAGAACUCAAGAGUGGUGGCUUAAUUUGUGCUGUGAACUGUCAAAAGUCCCAUCAUUGGAUUAUAGAGAUAGAUCUGAAAGGGUCAAAGGAAAUCCAGAAUGUAGAUGAAACCUGAACUCAAAUGGCUGAAGGAACUUAACCAAAGGUCACAGAAGCAGUAAAAGACUAGGCUGGGAUUUAAACCCAAGUCUGUUGUGCAGUUAAUUGUUCCUUCCACUGAACCCUCUUCUCAUCACUACCCAAAGAUCUUAACUUCUACCAUUGUGGAAAAAAAGUCACUAAGUCUUGCUGAUGAUACUAUGGAAAAUGUUCUUUUGUCAAAUUCUCAUGCUUUGUAAAAUUAAAAAUGUAUUGUGCUAAUGAAAUUUUUAUCUUUACUAUAAUAAUUGGGGGAAAAAUAUGGCCUUCAUUCAGCUUCCCUUUCAAGUUACCAUUUUAAAUACUACAAAAGGAACAGCCUUUAAAAAAAACAACAACUUGGUGUAAUCUUUUUAUAAUAGGCAAUUAUUCUGCAGUACAUUUUCAGACAGAGUGGCAACCUGUUUCUAUAGCUCAGCAAGUUCCUGAAAACCUGUUUCUAAGGAAGUGAGAAAAAAAAAAGUUGGGGAAAUUGGAUUAAGCUAGAUGAGUCCUUUUUUUUUUUUUUUCUGGAUUAUGUUUCAGUUAAUAUCUAACUUUCUUAAAACUUCAAGUAUUUACAUUAUUAAAAACAUGUAUGAUUAAUAAGAGACUAGUAGAUAUUUACUAUUGGUAGUAAGAGGACUGACAUCACUGAAGAAGAGCCAUGUGUGACUUUUGUCAUUCAAGAUGCAGCGCUAAAGCCCCUUUCUGGACUUGAAAAACACUCCCCUUUCCUCUUCUGACUGAAUCUAUCUUGUACUUAAAAUGAUACUAUUUGACUUGAAAAAAGUUAUAGCUUUCUUGCAAGAUAACUCAAGCUGUGUCAAGUACCAGAUCUGGUUGCUCCCUUCAAAGAAUUUAUAGUCUCAGGAAGACCAGAGGACUUUGAAUGGAGGAGGGACCAUUGGAUCAGAAAUAUAGAGUCUUUCUGUUGAGUGCCAGUUCCAGGUCCCUCUGCCAUGUAUCAUUUUAUUAUUCUGUCCAUGAAACAACUAUAGAUAUAUUUAUAGAGCAGUUUAAAUGGAAACAAACACAACCUGAACUUUAUAUUGUAUAUGUGUUGACAGUGCCCUGAGUAAAGGCCUGAAAGUUAGCUCUAGUCAUUUGGAGAAUGCCUUCUGGAAUAAUGAGAGGAUUUGAAGAAAGGUAGGAUUGGGUGUAAACUGGCAGAGAUUGAGGGAACAUUUGAUAUUAAGAGCGAGGUCUUUUCACAGGCUAGAAAAUGUGUUUUUAUAAUGUACAUGAUUAGAGCAAACAAAUGAGCUUGAUGAGUGGAAGGCAUAUUGUACCUGAUUACUGAAAAGUGAAGUUCAAGACAUAAUUUAGUUAGCAUAAGGUGUAGGAACUCCAACUAAGGAAUCUGUAGAUUGGUCUCAUGUGGAGGGAAAAAGAUGUUGGAUGGGUGGCAAUCAUGGAAGUAAAAUGAAAAAAUUUGAAGGAUUGUGACAGAACAAUAUAGGGGGGAGAUUUGGUAAUAGAUUCAACAGAGAAAGUGGAGGGGAAAGAAGAGCUGAAGUUGACUUGUGAACUCAGGAUGUGGAUAAAUCUCUCAAUGAGGGAAAUUAUUCAAGAUGCCUUGGUUGAUGGGAAGAGUGGUUUGUUGUGGUUAGAGAGUUGGAGUCAGGAGGAUCUGAGUUCCAGUUCUGCCUCUACCACAUGUUGGCUGGGUACUCUGGUCAAGGUGUUUAAUGGAACCCCCAGGCAAUUCUCUAAAAUUAGGAAAGUUUCUGAUUUUAAGGAAAUUCCUCACUUGGAGCUUUCUACACUGAAAGAGAAGGCAGUGCUGGAUUAAAAAAACAUCUCCAACCAUUGAUGGGAUAUGCCAGACAAAGUCUUGAAAAGUGCUGUAUAUAGAUCAUCUUUGACCAUGGCAGUGAUGAAGCGUAAACGAGUUGUGCUUACAAUCCAGGAAAAGCUGGAAAUCAUUGAAAAACUGGAAAAAGGUGGUAACACAAGGCAACUUUCCAUCAUGUAUGGAAUUGGUGAACAAACUGUUCGUGACUUAAAAAAACGAAAAGCACAAUUGCUUUCUUAUGCAAGUAGCUCGGGAUCUGCAACACUUCUGGCUAGACGUAAGUCCAUGAAGCAGUCUACUUACAAGGAGCUGGAUAGGGCGAUGUUGGAAUGGUUUAAUCAGCAGAGAGCUGAAGGGACUCCAGUGUCUGGGAUAAUUUGUGCAAAACAAGCAAAGGCUUUUUUUAAUGCAUUAGGAAUGGAAGGGGACUUUAAUGCCUCUACUGGUUGGCUUACUAGGUUUAAACAGAGACAUGGGAUUAGAGAGCUAAAUUACCAAGGUGAGAAAUCAAAUGGUGAUCAGUCAGCUGCUGCUGAUUUUCGUGAAGAUUUUGAAGAAUUUACAGAAAGUGAAAGAUUGCAGCCAGAGCAGAUAUACAAUGCUGAUGAAACUGGGCUUUACUGGAAAUCAUUACCAGCAAGGACAUUGGCUUUUGAGAAUGAACAUCCUAUUCCAAGCCAUAAACUCAGUAGAGAGAGACUAACUGUGUUGUGUUGUGUAAAUGCAACUGGUUCUCACAAACUGAAACUGUGUGUUGUUGGGAAAGCGGAGCAUUUGCAUUUGCUUCGAGAAGCCAAUCUAUUAAAUAUGCCAGUUGAUUGUUUUAACCACAAAGAAGCCUGGAUGGACUGCACAAUUUUCAAAGAAUGGUUUGAUAAGAAAUUUGUCCCCCAGGUCCGGGAGCACUUACGCUCUAAAGGCCUUCCCGAAAGAGCUGUCCUGCUUUUAGAUUAUGCACCCUCUAAACCUAGUGAAGGUCUUCUAAAGUCUGAGGAUGGCAACAUUUUUGUGAAAUAUUUGCCACCAAAUGUGGCUGCUCUCAUUCAGCCUAUGGACCAGGGAGUGAUAGCAUGUAUGAAACGACACUACAGGACGGGAUUAUUAAGAAAGCAUGUGCAAGAGGGGCAUGAUAUAAAAUCCUUUGGGAAUAACCUUACAGCUCAGGAUGCUAUCACUCAAGCAAUUAGAGCAUGGAACUUAGUGAAGCCAGUUACAAUUAUACGAUCAUGGCGCAAAAUCAUUUCUGACCCAGAUGAAGAAGGAAUUGCACCGGCCAGCUUAUUAGAAGAUGGGCAGCAGCAGUCCCAAAGUCACAAAAAGAGCCGUACUGCCCAUGUGGAACAGGGGCAAGGGAUCAAUUACCAUGAAGUAGGCAACCAAUUAUUGGCUGGCAAUGGGAUGAUAACUAGAGCUGAAGAAAUCAAAGUUGAACUGAAUGAAAGUGAAGGAGAGGAGCAAGAACUAAUUCCAGAGGGCCAUAUUAGUCACAGUGCUGCGUUAAACUACGUGGAGAUCCUCCUCGAUUAUUUGGAGCAGCAAGAGGAUUCGCUGAUGACUGACAAAUUAGUUCUUCACCGACUACGCACAACAAUAAGGAAAAAGGAAAAUGAGUCAGUGGGACAAGUAACAGUUACUGAUUUUUUGACCAAUAAAUAAGUCUAGGCCUCAAUUUUCUCAUCUGUAAAAUGAGGGGUUUGGACUAAAUGAUCUCAAAGGUCCCUUUCUGCUUAGUUCUAUGACUUUUAGGAUCUGUUGUAGUCCUGUUCGAUUUAUUGACCUUAUAAAUUAAGAAAUUGACUUAUAACCUGUUCUGUUAUGUUCUGUGUUUGUUUAUUGAAGGUAAAUAUGUGUGUAUUUGUAGUUCAAAAUACUAAUAUUUUGUGAAGGAUGGCCUACUUUUCAAUAGACUAAUAUUAUUUUAAAAUGGAUAUCCUUUCAUUAUUUGUUUUUGCUUUAUCUGAGCUCUCUGCCAUCCCUUUUGACUCCAUUAUACAUUUCUCAGGAUAAUUAAGAAUUAAUUUUGUUUUCUUACAUUCAAGUUCUAUGGCUGGUUCACUCCAGUACACUCUUGAGUCCUGGAAAUGGUGGGUGGCAAGAUGAGCUGGCAAGAUGAACUAUCAAGAUGAGCUAUUGGAGACAUAGACUCAGCUCUUAAAAUCCCUUUGUUUCUAUCACCUUAUAAUAAAGAUGAUGGUUAUUUACAUUGAUUGUGAGUUGUUCCUCAUAUGCCAGAGUUGUUCUUUGCUAGUGUGCAGACCUCACUGUACUUAAUAAUAAAUAUCCUAGCAUGGUUAACAUAGUAGCAUGUAACAUUAAUGCAUAUGACAAAUGACUAGUAAUAGCCAUAACUCGCAGGUUUGAUAAUUUACACUUGGGCAGUGAUAAAGAAAACUUAGUUUUCUUUUAUUGUCAGGGUACUACUAGGUAGAAGAAUGAAACAAAUUGUACCAUACUUGGGUGGGCAUAAUCCAUUACCAGUGGGUGAGCACUGUUAUCAUUUUGGUCCAUUUUAUAAUUCCAGGAGCAAUGGAGGUAACAGAUUGUAACAGGGAAAGCCUGGUCUCCAUUUUGAGGACUUGAUUACAUAAAAGAAUCUUUAUUUUGUUUAUUUCCUUCUGUUGCCUACUACAGCAAAUAGUUAACGAACUUUGUCUUAUAUAUUAGGAUUUUAUGAAUCGAUGGAUAUGGGUUUAUUUUUUUCUUGGUUAUGUUAGAAAGGACUAGGAGAGGUUCAUACCCUAUAAUGGGAACAAGGGAACGAAUAAUAAUCACACUGAUAACUCACCAGAAUUCCAGUGCUCUAAAGUAUCUGUGGCCGAAUAUGUUUAUAUCUAGUAACUCAGAAACAACUCCUUAUGAGCCACACAUCAGCAAUAUGGGAUAUGGAGGGUUAGGGGAAGAACAGUGUUAAAGAGGUGAAAAAACUCUCUUUUAAUCUUCCCAUUAUUCAAAUCACACACUCACUGGUGGAGAUAAGAGUUAGGUAUGUUUGAAGAGCUAAAAACAGCUCAGAAAGAUACAGCUUCUGUUGGUUUCAUAUGAGUAUCCCAUAAGCACUUCAGUUAAAGUGCUUAAACUUCUAAUAAGCACUUGAACUUUUAUUCAUUGCUUUUUUGGCAUUUGGUACAUUAGUAAUUGAGUCUGAGCAAUUAAUACCUUAGUGGCCAAGUUUUGUAUCAUUUUUCCAGUUUAUUGUGUUAGACUGAACAUUCUGAUUCUAUGAUUUGAGUGGUAUAAAAUUAUAAUUAAAUGGUGUAUGACUACUCAAUCCUGGGACUUAUGUGAAAAUGAGAUUCCUUUUAUGACUUUAUCCCAGUGAACAAAUGUACAAAUAAAAAAGUAACUGAGGACCUUUUCAGAUGCA